AUGGAUCCAAUCAAAUACUUGUUUGAAAAGCCUGCGUUGACUGGAAGAAUUGCCCACUGGCAGAUGCUGUUACCAGAGUACGACAUCCAAUAUCAUGCCCAAAAAGCCAUCAAAGGAAGUGUUAUAGCCGAUCAUUUGGCCUCCCAACCUAUUGGUGAUGAUCAAUCUUUACAAGACGAUUUCCCAUAUGAAGAAAUCAUGUAUUUGAAAUCAAAAGAUUACGAAGAACCUUUACAUGGAGAAGGACCGGAUCCCGAAUCCCGAUGGGGUUUGAUAUUUGAUGGAGCUGUUAAUGAUUAUGGUAGAGGAAUUGGGGCAAUCAUUGUUAUGCCGCAAGGUUCUCAUGUACCGUUCACUGCAAUACUGAUAGAUUAUGCCCGAAGACUGCUAACCUUCUUCAACAAAAUUGAAUUCCAUCACAUACCUCAUGAGGAAAAUCAAAUGAUAGAUGCAUUCGCAACUCUAGCUUCCAUGUAUCAAAUAAAGUCUCCAAAUGAAGCUCCUCAUAUUACAAUCACAUGCUUGGAUAGGCCGGCUCAUGUAUUCGCUGCUGAAGUUGUCACAGAUGACAAGCCGUGGUUUUAUGACAUCAAAAUCUUCUUACAGAAACAAGAGUACCCACCUGGGGCGUCUAGCAAAGACAGAAGAACUUUGAGAAGAUUGUCUGCUUGUGUAUCCCCAAUUUCCUUCUUGAAAGAAGAUGACAAUCUCUACGGAGCAAGAAAAAUAUUUCCAGCAAAGAAGUUUGGGAAUGAUAAAAGUUUCACAGUAGCUGGUUGGCCUUCUCAAAAUGAUGAAGACAGUCUGUUGAAGAGCCUGAUUUUUCAAGUGACUAGUCCCUCGGUGUAA